AGUGAACUUUGGAACGACGUGACCGUGUGUUACUCGCUUGUAGAUCAGUAUCUGGGGUCGUUAUGUGGUGACACGGGUUGCUUUGGUUAGUCACCCAUGUUGGGUUUAUGGCGAAUGAGCGGAGAGACCGCAGUACGUAGAUUGGGACAUCUGCGCGGAGUGUUAGGAGUUCGUCUCCCGUCCGCAGAUUCCUCAGGCUCACUGCAGUUUGUGCAGUUACGAUGGAAAACCACUGAUGGAUCAGCCACAAUUGGAGAUGUCUCUGUCAGCAUAUCCAAGCCCAAAAGUCCAGAACUGGUGCCUGUUAACUAUAUUGGUGGCUCUGUUUCACAGGCAGUAUUGAAGCAUUUACGAUGGAUUAUGCAAAAGGACUUGCUGGGCCAGGAUGUGUUUUUGAUUGGCCCACCAGGCCCCCUGAGAAGGAAUGUUGCCAUGAUGUACCUGGAGAUGACUCAGCGGGAGUUGGAGUAUGUGUCUUUGUCAAGAGACACUACAGAGGCAGAUCUUAAACAGAGGAGAGAGAUUCGCUCAGGGACGGCUUACUACAUCGACCAGUGUGCUGUGAGAGCAGCUACAGAGGGCAGAGUUUUGGUGUUAGAAGGUAUUGAGAAGGCGGAGAGGAAUGUACUACCUGUACUCAACAACCUGCUGGAGAAUAGAGAGAUGCAGCUGGAUGAUGGUAGAUUCCUCAUGGCCGCAGACAGAUAUGAUAAACUCUUACAGGAUCAUUCAAAAGAAGAACUGGAUUCCUGGAAACUUGUGCGAGUGGAUAACAACUUCAGAGUUAUCGCCCUUGGUUUGCCUGUUCCUCGUUACCAAGGCAACCCAUUAGAUCCACCCCUGAGAUCUAGAUUUCAAGCCAGAGAUGUUAACCCAUUGCCAUUUAAGCAACAACUUGAUAUACUUCUGGAAAGUGGAAAGGAUUUACCUCAAGAAAGAUUGUCUCAACUGUUGUCCUUCGCCACAACGAUGUUGACCAGCGAGUCCACAACCCUGGGGCUUCCAGACUUCCCAGUGGAUAACCUGACAGCUAUUACAAAGAUCAUGAAUGCAAUGCCCAAUGUGCCUGUCCAUUCCCUGAUAGAGAGGCUUUAUCCGUACGAAACCAUUCUAGGUAAAGAGGGGGUGACAGCCGUCGAGGACACUUUAACUAAAUUUGAACUGAUGGAUAAAUCCCGAGCAUCUCAUCAUGCAUCUGUCGUUAGCGUUUCUAAAGCACCUCGGGAUAUGGAAGCAGUCACUGCCGUGGAUGUUGGACACAAAACAUAUCAUUUUCCGGUACCCUCCGGCUCCAUGCCCCAGAACUUACAUUCUGAUGGUAAACAGUUUGUGAAGACAGCGUACCAUGAUAAAUUUCUGACAGAAAUGCUCCAGUCCCAUUCUGUGAAGGACUUCUGCCUGAUAGGACCAAAGGGGUGUGGGAAAAGUGCUGUUGUCAAGGAGUUUGCGGAAUUGCUAGGAUAUCACAUUGAACCAAUCAUGUUGUAUCAGGACAUGACAGCGCGGGAUCUGCUCCAGCAAAGAACCACUCUCCCAAAUGGCGACACAGCGUGGCGGUACUCUCCCCUUGUGACUGCUGCUCUGGACGGAAGUUUGGCCGUGCUAGACGGAGUGCACAGGAUCAAUCAUGGAUCAUUCGCUGUUCUCCACAGACUUGUCCACGAUCGUGAACUUACCCUGUUUGAUGGCACCCGACUUCUCCGACAUGAUCGCUAUGAGCAGAUCAAAGAAACCUAUGAUUUGACGGACACAGACAUGAUUAACAGAUCCAUAUUUUCCAUCCACCCAUCGUUCCGCAUCAUUGCGCUAGCAGAACCACCGGUUGUAGGGAGCAGUACACAGCAGUGGUUGACCCCUGAACUUCUCACCGCCUUCCUGUACCAUCCGAUGAGACCGCUGUCUAUGGCAGAAGAAGUAGACGUCUUACAAAAACUGGUGCCAACUUCACCAGAUUUGUCAUCGCUGUUGAGCUUUGUUCACAAGAUGAGACAGUCACACGAUCCCACAAUUUUGUCCCUGGCAUCAUCCUUGUCUACUCGUCAGUUGUUAAGGAUUGCCCGUCGUCUUGCGCAGUACCCCUCAGACGAUCUCUACUCGGCCAUUCAGAAGUCUUGUCUCUCCAGGUUUUUACCACGAUUGGCUCGCACUGCUCUGGAGCAGUCCCUGGAAGAAGCAGAUAUUCUUAAACCCCAACAACAGGUUACCAUGGAAGCAGUGGAGCGAUCUGUGACAUGUGAAGUCAAAGACAACAUUCUGAGAAUCGGGAACACUGAGGUGUCCGUUUAUAACCCAGAGAACAGGAUGAAGGUGCCGGACAUUCUCUUCUAUGAGAAUCCACAGCAUUUAUCUGUGAUGGAGGACAUGCUCAAAGACUAUCUGCUGGGGGAGCAUUUAUUGCUGGUGGGUAAUCAGGGCGUGGGCAAGAACAAAAUCAUCGACAGAUUCCUGUAUCUGCUGAAUCGCCCUCGAGAGUAUCUACAGCUUCACAGAGACACAACUGUUCAGACGCUUACCUUACAGCCGACUGUACAGGAUGGGAUCAUCAUAUACGAGGACUCACCGUUGGUAAGAGCGGUGAAGAUGGGUCACAUCCUGGUAGUGGAUGAGGCAGACAAGGCCUCCACGCAUGUCACCUGUAUACUGAAAACCCUGGUGGAGUCUGGAGAGAUGCACCUGGCUGAUGGACGGAGAAUUGUUACAGCCUCGUCUGGUUUGCCGAGCUCAGAGAAUGUCAUCGUUACCCACCCAGAUUUCAGAAUGAUGGUUCUGGCCAACAGACCAGGAUUUCCUUUUCUCGGAAACGACUUUUUUGGAGCUAUGGGAGACAUUUUCAGCUGCCAUGCUAUUGACAACCCGAACAUGGAGUCUGAGAUGUCCAUGCUGAGACAGUACGGCCCACAUGUUCCCGAGCAUGUCCUGGAGAAGCUAGUAGUGGCGUUUGGAGAGUUACGGGACUUGGCGGAUCAGGGUCUGAUAUCUUACCCAUACUCCACGAGAGAGGUCGUCAAUAUGGUCAAACAUCUUGAGAAAUUCCCAGAGGAAGGUCUAACCAAUGUUGUAAAGAACGUGUUUGAUUUUGAUUCCUACAACAAGGAGCUUCAGGAGAUGAUUGUACAGACAAUGGAGAAACAUGGGAUACCCCUGGGGGCGACGUCAGCUAAUGUGAACCUGGCCAAAGAAUUUCCUCUCCCGAAGUUUGAAUUUGCCGGCAUUUGGAAUGUUUCAACUUCUGAAGGCCGCAAGAAGACAUCCGUGAUGAGCUGCCCUGUUGAGAGCAGAACACUUGGCAUCAAGGGUCCAGUCCAACUGACAGUAGAACAGUUCUCACUGGACAGAACAGAAGCACGCUCCUCCCUGUUCACAGAGCAGCAAUCCUAUUGGACCAUCCCUAUGCACGACACUAACAUAAUCAGUGACCUUGCUGUGCGUAAAGGGGAGAGUGCAUCUCGGGCAGCACCAGGUCAGAAGGUGUCAGAUGUCAUUCACGUUGCGACGGCACACCCGAUUUGUGUCUACUCCAUGUCACCCGAUCAGAGGAGUAUGACGGGCAUCGAUUUGUAUGACGUCUUCCCCAGCACCCGGGGCGCGUAUCGCCCACACGUCAAGAUCGCUGCCAUGGGCGCCUCCCUCUAUGAUACAGUUGUACUCCAUGAAGAAGUGACAAAUGUUGUUCUGAGUAUCAAUGUGGAAAGUGGGAAUAUCAUGAGGAUUAUCUCCCCUUUCUUACCGGAACCUCCAAAGGACAGGUGGCGCUUCCAGUCAAACGAGCCCACAUACAGGAUGUGUGGUGAGUUUGCUCAUGAAGCUGAAGGUAUGCUGGUUUUCUACAAAGUGAAUGGGGACACAGUGGAAGUGAUGAACAUGCUGGAAGGUGUGACCAGCUGUGUCCAGCUGCCAAUCUUGAUACAAUCACUCCACCUGGUGGCCAAAGAUGAUUGGCUCAUUGUGGAGGCUAAUGAGGGAAAAAAGUAUAUGUUGAAGAGGCAGAAUGAUCAGUUCUUCCUGCAUGCUAUUCACGAUGAAGGAAACACCAUUCCAUCAAUCACCUACGGUGCAUCAACUCCUCUGAAUGAUGAUGUGUUAAGUCAAGCCCUGGAAAUGACCAUCUCAUCUCCAAACAGAGUCCUGGUCACUUCUGAGUCCUACACCAGUGUGGUCAUUGGAUUACCUGAUUUACAGCCUCCCCAUGAGAUUUACGUCUCUCCCCGAGAACCUCUGCCUGAUAAUGACAAGCACUCCAAGGCUGACCCGCUGUUUGGGCUGAUGGGGAGCAUAAAACCUGCCGCGCCAAAUUUGGGUGCGACAUUGGCCUACUUACCAAAAUCAGGCCAGGUCAUCCGAGCCUUGAACACACGCAAUGUCCCAGAGGCUGCUUAUCCUUAUGGUGUGAAACCAAGAGAUCUGAGUGGCUACUUGGAGGUGACUGAUGCAGCCAAUCACAAACUUCGUUACAUCCCUGUCCCUGGAGCAUCACGUCAGUCCCCUUACACUUCCUGGUUACUCAGCGUAACAGACGUCAACAUUUUCAUGGCACCAAUGAGUGACGACGGGCUGGUUACCGUGGAUGCAGGAGGGUGUGUUCGACUCUGGGAGACCAGUCUUGUCAACUUAGGCCGGUCACUUCAGCAGUGGAGAAAUAUGAUUGGACAAGGGGAUGAUAAGCAUUUACAGAUGACCAUAGAUAAAGACGGCAAAGGCCGAGACCCAACAUCUCCAAAACACGGCAAAGAGGACCCUGAUAAUGUGCCCCAUGUGGGAGGGAACACCUGGGCUGGGGGUACAGGUGGUGCUGACACAGCGGGACUGGGAGGCGUAGGCGGCCCUUACAGACUGGACGCUGGUCAUGAUGUCCAUCAGGUGUCCCAGGUGGACAAGGACGCUGUACCUGAAGAGGUACGUGAGGCUGCUAGGCAAAUGGCCCAGAAGGCAUUCAAGCAGAGAUUACGGGAAAUUCAGAUGAGCGAGUACGACGCCGAUACUUACGAAAAGUUCUCCAGGAGCGUGAGGAAGCAGGUCCAAUCAUUACGCGUGAUACUGGACAGUUUGCAGGCUAAAGGAAAAGAACGCCAGUGGCUGAAGAACCAAACUUACGGAGACUUGGACGAGGCUAAAUUAAUUGAAGGGAUCACUGGGGAACGGUCCAUUUAUCGUCGUCGGGGAGAGCAGGAUCCCGAGAUGGGUUCACCUCAGGAGAAACCAAAGCGUCUGCGUCUGGUGGUUGAUGUCUCAGGUAGCAUGUACAGGUUUAAUGGUCACGACGGCCGCAUGGAGCGACAACUAGAAGCCAUAUUGAUGGUGAUGGAGGCCUUCGAGGGAUACGAGGAGAAAUUCAAGUACGACGUGUACGGCCAUUCGGGUGAGGACUACAAGGUAGAAUUUGUUCAUCAGGACAAGGUGCCGAAAAAUAACAAAGAGAGAAUGGACAUCCUGAAGGUGAUGCACGCCCACUCGCAGUUCUGCCUCAGCGGAGACAACACAGUAGAGGCCACCAAACACGCUGUAACGGAUCUGGGAAAGGAAGAAGCAGACGAACAUUUUGUCAUUGUUCUAAGCGACGCUAACUUUGACAGAUAUGGGAUCAGUCCGCGACGAUUCGGCGACCUGCUUACCGCCGACGACAAAGUGAAUUCUUACGCCAUCUUCAUAGGGUCCCUUGGGGACCAAGCUUCCAGAUUAACCAAGCAGUUGCCGCUUGGCCGAGGUUUCGUUUGUAUGGACACAAAGAAUAUCCCUCAGAUCUUGCAGCAGAUCUUCACCUCAACCAUGCUCUCCACGAGAUGAUCGAUCGGACUUUUAGAAAGGGCCUCAGUAAAGUUUUGUAAAUUAUAUAUAUUAUGUUGAAAUAACACGAGAGAUCAGUCAUAAUCAGUGCAAAUAUUUUUAUGCAGAGCAAACGUGAUCAGACGAUUUAGGUGAAAACCCUUGUUUCAGGCUGUGACCUGAUUGCGAGACGAUAGAGUCGUAUUUUAACCAAAAAGGUAAAACUCGUAUUGGCACUCGGAUCGCCGUUGUAGAAGUCAGUGAAAAAGUUUAAAAUGUGUUAUUUUCGAGUCCACGGAUGUAAGUGUGGGUUCGUAUCCCACUUCUGACACAACACUUUUCUUUCUACAAUUCUUGAGUACCGUGUAUAACACCGAUCAAAUCAAAUAAAUAUGUUGUUAUCGCAAUGUACAUGUGAUAUGUAAUAAGUAUAAUAUAAUACCUGAGUUUUCACAGGUAUUGAGCGAUAAAUAUGAAAGAAAAACGAUAGAUCUGCAAUAAUUAGCGUUUGUGACGAAACGUUUAUUGUAUGUAUUUCGUACAUAAGGAAAAUGAAUAAAUUACCCCAGAUGAUUUUUUGCAUUUACUUAUUUUAGAUGCAUAUCAGGUUAUAGUAAAAGCAGUUGUAGGUGAUAUAUAAUUCAUAUUUACUUAUUUAUUUUGAUUGGUGUUUCAUACGGAUAAGUUUUACGAGAGUCGUACUGGCCGGCAGACUAAAAUAUACGUAAGAGAUUAUACAGA